CUUGUACCUAAUAUGUAAGACCAGCAUCGAAUCUUUGCUUUUUGCUCCGCAUCGUCAUUUCUACUUCGCCACAAUCCUAAUAGCGAUCGUCUUUCAGCUUUGACUCUGCCAAACAUCUUCGCAAUUGCUCAAAUUCUGUCGAGUUUCUCUUUUUCUAUUCCCCUAAAUCAAGGGAGACCAGAGUAACCCAACCUAGUAGUUAAGCAACCCACCUAUCUCAUUUAGAUCAUGUUCCUGGCUAUUUUACUUUGAUACUACGGAAUCCUCCAAGUACCUAAUUCAUACCCUGAACCCCUGAUCUUCCAGGGCUUGGCAAUACCGUUAAAUGCAAACACGAAUAUCUUCUACAUAAAUUGGUAGCAUUACAGGAAUGGAUCGUCGCAAGUCUAUGUUCGCCGACAAGACCGGACGAUCAGCCGGUCCAGUCCACCGCCCGUCAGACCCCUCCGGUGCUAGUCGGGGUUCCCUACCGGCAGGAGAGCUUUCUACCGAUAUCCCAGCGGAGCUAUCGGCCGGAGAUGAUACGGCAAACGCGUCGCACCAGCCGCCGCCUUACUCAGGUCCUUCGGAUAUCUCUCUAGAUACUCAAGCCCGCUCACAAUUACCGAAAGGCCCGCAAUAUUACCCUGGCCUUCCCAUAUUAGAUUAUCGCCAAUAUUUGCCGCCCUUGUUUGAGCUGUCACCAGAUAGCGUAAGUAUCACCAGCAAAGCCAAUUAUCUCUCUGAAAAUGCCGGGGCCUUAGCUACGCUUGUGCGAAGCCUUGCCACCGUGCCUCCAAAGCCUCAAAUCAUCAUACAAGGGAACCGUGGUCGCAAAGUCGACUUCAGUAUCAAGCUGAAUCUGAUGAACUUGCUCGUUCCUAAUGAUCCCAAGGACCGUCUUGACUAUCUCCGAUGCGUUAGUAAAGAUGAGGUGGCCCUUCGUGGCGGUAGCGAUCCCGGGCUGAAGCCCGACUUUGGUGCAAAUAACGGGCUGGAGGCGUGGUGUGACCGGUUCGUCAAGGAUUCGACUACCAUAAAGAGCUUCACGGUCGAGCGGGUUGUAGCAAACUUCGAUGCAAAUUGGUUAGAAGGCCAGGUGCGGAGCCUUGUUGCCUCCACGGACUAUAAAGGCCAAGUCACAGUACAGUUCCUCAUCACACACGCCAAAGUCAUCGUCCAGAACCCAGACAAGCACAAUAGAUUCUUAACGAGCGUUACCUCGUUAUUCUCGAGCAAGAGUAAAUACGAGGUCGUCAAGGCCGUGUGGCCUUUCGCAACGAGCAAGAAUGGCGAGCAGGGUCGAAAGUGUGUUGUGCAGAGUGAGAAGACGUGGUGGGAAGAGUGGCGCGACCCUAUCAGAUUUGCCAUUGGGACUAAGCGUCAAGGUUGGGUUACAAAUGAGGAUAAGCUUGAAUGCAUCAUGGAGGGCAGGGGGAAAGGUAUCAAGUUGAUUGACUGGGGUUCUGAAUUCGAUUAAAUGAACUUGAUAUGGAUGCAGAGCGUCAAUUCCUCGUUACAGAAUCCACCACACUGCCUCAUCCAACGAGAAUUUACUAACAUAUGCGACAUAUAUCGAUUGCACUUCAUUUUUCUUCUAUAUACCAUGGAGAUGGCGCGACUGGAUAGACCACUCCAACUUACUGGAGAUUAUCACUAAGUAAUAUAAUAUAGGUAGGUAAUUACCAGUGUUUAAGAAGUGUUAAACAGUUCAUUAGCCUCUAGGUUCGCUAUAUAAGGAAGGUGGUAUAGACAAUACAUCACAUUUUGUGAUCUGUUCACACGCUUUGGGCCUAUUCAAAAUAGUUAUACAUAUGGCUCCUAGGUAUUGAAACUUUGAUUGUCUUAACCUUUUCGUAUUAUGUCACAUAAUCGCAUAAAAUAUACUUAGUUUGCUCAUAUGUGCC